CGGUGGCAGUCGGGUCCAGGAUGGACUCGCGGGUGUCGGAAUUGUUUGGGGGCUGCUGCCGGCCUGUGGGAGGCGGGAACGGCGGGGCUUUGCGAGGCCGCCCUGCCAGCGGUUCCGCCGGUGGCGCUUCCAAGGGGAGGAAAAAGAACGGGCGACACCGGGGGGGCAAGGCCAACAACCCGCCCUACUUGCCGCCGGAGGCAGAAGAUGGGAACAUAGAAUACAAGCUGAAGCUAGUUAAUCCUUCUCAGUACCGCUUUGAACACCUAGUAACGCAAAUGAAGUGGCGACUACAAGAAGGCCGUGGUGAGGCGGUCUACCAGAUUGGUGUAGAGGACAACGGGCUGCUGGUAGGACUGUCGGAAGAGGAGAUGCGUGCCUCUCUCAAAACACUGCGACGAAUGGCUGAGAAAGUUGGAGCUGACAUCACCGUAUUACGAGAACGAGAAGUGGAUUAUGACAGUGAUAUUCCCAGGAAAAUAACAGAGGUUCUUGUCCGAAAGGUCCCAGAUAAUCAGCAGUUUUUAGAUCUGCGGGUGGCUGUGCUCGGGAAUGUGGAUUCAGGCAAGUCAACCCUAUUAGGUGUCUUGACGCAAGGAGAGCUGGAUAAUGGCCGAGGUAGAGCUCGUCUCAACCUCUUCCGACAUCUUCAUGAGAUCCAGUCUGGGAGGACAUCCAGCAUCAGCUUUGAAAUCCUUGGCUUCAACAGCAAGGGAGAGGUGGUGAACUACAGUGAUUCACGGACAGCUGAAGAGAUCUGUGAGAGCUCCUCCAAGAUGAUCACAUUCAUUGACUUAGCUGGACAUCACAAGUAUCUGAAAACCACCAUCUUUGGGCUCACAAGCUACUGCCCAGACUUUGCAAUGCUGGUGGUGAGCGCCAAUACUGGAAUUGCAGGUACAACGCGAGAGCAUCUAGGCUUGGCGAUGGCCCUCAAGGUCCCUUUCUUCAUUGUUAUUAGCAAAGUGGACUUGUGCUCAAAAGCCACUGUGGAGCGGACAGUGAAACAGCUGGAGCGGAUCCUGAAGCAGCCCGGCUGCAACAAGCUCCCCCUGUUGGUAACAUCAGAUGAUGAUGCUGUCACGGCAGCACAGCAGUUUGCACAGUCGCCCAACAUCACUCCUAUCUUCACCUUGUCCAGUGUUUCUGGAGAAAACCUGGAUCUCCUGAAAGUUUUUCUCAACAUCCUCCCACCUCUGACAAACAGCAAAGAACAGGAGGAGCUGAUGCAACAGCUCACUGAGUUCCAGGUGGAUGAAAUCUACACUGUACCGGAGGUGGGCACUGUUGUUGGCGGAACUCUGUCAAGUGGAAUAUGUAAAGAGGGAGAGAAUCUGGUGGUUGGUCCAACUGAUGAUGGCAAGUUCCUCCAGCUGAAAGUGUGCAGUAUCCAGCGAAAUCGUUCAGCAUGCCGUGUACUUCGGGCCGGGCAGGCGGCCACACUGGCUCUUGGACACUUUGACCGCUCACUGCUGCGUAAAGGAAUGGUGAUGGUAAGCCCAGAGAUGAACCCCACCAUUUGCUCUGUGUUUGAAGCCGAAAUUGUUCUGCUCUUCCACGCUACAACUUUCCGGAAGGGAUUCCAAGUAACAGUGCACGUUGGCAAUGUGCGGCAAACGGCAAUUGUGGAGAAGAUCCAUGGGAAGGACAAGCUGCGGACAGGAGAAAAGGCUGUGGUUUGUUUCAGAUUCAUUAAACAUCCUGAAUAUUUGAAGAUUGGAGCCAAACUGUUGUUCCGUGAAGGCGUUACCAAAGGUAUUGGACAUGUCACUUACAUCCAAGCUAUUACCACUGGAGAGAAUGGCCUGGAACAGAGCCUGGAUUCUGAGCUAGUCAGUUUCUGACUUUCACCAAAUCUGCAGGAUUUCCUGAAAUUAGCAAUAGGGGAAGGAUCUCUCCCCACUGUGCAGAACUGCUGCUGGCCAGUCAAUUACACAGGCAUAUAAUCUGUUCUGCACUGCAGAAGCCAGAAUUGCCGCUUGGAUUGAGUGCCCUUCCUGAAGCAAGUUAAGCAUGUUGUUUGUACAUCACCUGCUGCUUCCAUGUCCCUGCCCUUCCUGGAAUAGACAAGAAAACGGCUGCAUCUUUGCCUGGGCUGGCAACUCCUGGUUUUGUUGACUUUGUUGAGAAGUUAUUUCCAGGUAGAGAGCAAUGCCUUUGGUGUAUUGGACUGUAGUUUGGGGAAUUUGCCACCUGUGAGGCAUCAGUAGUGGACCCAUAUCUGCCUACAGGGCUCAGUUCCUUGGUUGUCCUGUUGCCUGGUUUUGCAGGCUGCCUGUGACAUGAAGAGCCAUGACUAGGCGCUACAGAUGAAAGUUUUGCAUUACCCACAGUACAGCUCAGGAUGGUUUUUAAUCACUUUAAAUUAUUGUUGGUUUCAUUUUAAUCUAAUGACUCCUCUAGUCUCUCCCAGCACCUUUUUUUGUCCUGACUUUUAUCAGCUAUUGCCAGUCUCAUUUUUGUAAAAGGGGGGGAUGUAAGAGAAAGGGACAUCUCCCUGAAAUAACCCUUAUCUGAGGCAAGUACAGGCCCCAUCUCAUGCUAUCAGGCCCUAACAGGCAUCUGUGACAACCAUUUUUUCCUCCGCAGAGUUGACCAGGUGCUCUUUAUAUGAACUGGCAUCUUAGAGCAAAGCUGGCCCAAAAUAGGCCACAAACACUUCAGUAUGUUUGCUGUUGCUUCUUGAGCGAAGUUGCUGCUAAUGGCAAUUUUGACUGAGAUGUCAUCCAGUUUGACUUCCCUGAUGAGUGCACUGGUAUCCCAGUUCAACCUGUCCCUUGGGAAAACAUGCCUUAAAUUCCCAUAGUAAAACCAGUAUGGGCUGUUUUGUCAUCACAAGAUUUGAAAUGUUACUGCAAUUAUGGUUCCUGUUCAGCUUUGCCAACUGUGGUAAUUUGUCUAUAUUACUGCAAUUCUACAGAAAACAAUUUAUAUGUAAGCCUGAAACUAUGUCUGUUUGAAAGUGUAGUUGUGUUUCCCAAGUUGGCAAUGGGUUAGGACAGUCUCAGGCACUAAGGGAUAUCUUUUUAAUUUUUUUGUAGGAAAUUCAAUUAUAAAAAUUGGCAACACUAUUUUUACUUAAGUAUUCCUAUAUAUCUCAGCCACUGGUGCAUCAAGGGUCCAAAUAUCUGAUCCAAUAUGGUUAGUUAAACGGCUGUCUCAUUUCAUCACUCUAAAACACUCCCUGUUCUGUUUCAUCUGCUUUACAGGUGUUAGAUUCAAAGCAACUGCUCUUGAGAUUUAACAUGGUACUGUUAAAGCUGUGUAGCUAUACAGAAAGACUGGAACUUUAUGGUGCUUUUUAAGCAGAACCCAUGACAUUCUUGGUAUUAAUCCUUUUACUAGUACAGUGGACAGUUGCUAUAAAGCAGUAGAAAGCUUGGUCUAAUUAUCAGAUGAAAUGGUUUAUUUCCCAACUUCCACUUAAUAAUUUGGAUUAGUUCUACAUGAGGGAUUUUGGGAUCACCUUUGCUAAAGAAAAUACAUUCUGAGAGGGUUUGUUUUAGCCAGUCGCUACUAUAUAUUUGUCCUAUAGGAGGAAUAAAUGCUUUCUCUGCAAUUUACAGUGAUGGUAAAGUUCACUCCAUUGCAAACACAAACAUUCAAGGUGCUCUUUCCUCCCUUAUAUCCUUUAUUGGUUGUCUCCUUCCCUUGCCUUUUGUUGUGUGAGUGUUCUCAGUGCCAUGCUUUUCAUAUUCACUGUUGGUGGAUUCUUUAAAGCAGAGGGGUGUUUUCAUCUCUCUCUCUAUAUAUAUAUAAUGUACAAAUAAAGAUGUUUUAUUGAAAGACUAAA